AUGAAUGAGAAAUAUACACAUCUGCCAGCAGAGCGACAAAGUCGCAUGAACAUCGACUCACUGCUAAAUCCUCCAAGUGACGAGACGGAGUACAGCACCACAGACUCCCCAUACUCGCAACACGCCACACUUUCUACCUCGUCACACAACGCUAGCUACACAGCUUCCCUAGGCUACCCUCAAAGCCCGAACCAAUACUGGUAUGGCCGAUAUGGCGGCUACCACGACACAAGCCCUGGCGCAGCCUCAACAGCCACGACAAACGUCAGUAGCACAUCGAGCGGCAGCAUGAAUCCCCAGCAACACCACCACCACAUGUUCCUCUCAUACCGUCCUUCAGGCGGCAGUGCUGGUAGUGGAGGAAGAGGACCUGGAUCCGGCCACAGCUCUCCAGAUCCGUACCACCAGCGCGAACGCUACGACUCCGUUUCUAGUAGCUCUAGCAACAACGGGAAUGAUCGCCGACGGCCCCCGAGACCGAAGUAUGAGGAGGAGGAGAUGUACUUUAUCUGGUAUCACCGCGUGGAUCUUUGUCAAGAGUGGAAGGAGGUGCGCGAGAGCUUUAAUCAUCAGUUCCCUAGUCGGCAGCGGCGCGGAUUUCAGGGCAUUCAGUGCAAGUUUUAUCGUUUCAUCAAGGAGAAGCAGUGUCCGACGCUACGGGAGCAGCGAAGGAUGCGCGAUGGAGAGUUCUUGCGUGAGGGCGCUGAGUCCGGUGCGCCGCGCUUCGGGGUUAUUGAGUGGGCGAAUGUCUGGUAUCCCUGGAUGCGCGAAGACCGAGAAACAGCAUCGCGACAGCAGGCGGCGCAUCGGCAGCGGAUGGCUGAGGUGGGGGCAUGA